AUGAGCAUCAUAUCAAAUCUACCGAUGGCUAUGGGAACUGACGAACAGCAAGUCAUACAUCCCUUCUUCCGACAAGAAUUUGGUGUCUCGGUCAAGUCUACACCCUCAAACGAGCCAAUCUCGCCCGCAAAUACCCACGUACAUGAGCUUCGACCGAUAAGCAGCCAAAGCUCUACGCAUGAGCAAGGGCUCCAGUCCCCGGAUAAUCACCAUCGAAAUGUCUCCAAACUAAACGGGGAGACUUCUGUGGAUCUCGACGAAGACUUGAAUGAGGAUCGGAGGAAGAGGCGAAGGACGGACAAAGCCCAAACCACCGAACCCACUACUACUUCCAGUAUUGGUCUCUCAGAAUGGCUUGGCCAUAACGUGACCAAAAGUGUGCUUUUGUCAACUGAUCAUCCCCUUGAGACCGAAAGUGAUUUGUCUCUACCUCACGCCGAGGCUCCGCUGGUGGAGACCCAACUUCCUGCAGAUGAAACCCGGCCAUUGACACCUGCCGAGAACGAGAAACCAGAGGGUUCAGUCGAAAGAACAUCUGCCAGCCAGAAAAUUCUCAGACUGAAUUCGAAGGGAGGGUUCCUAUCGUCACCCGCCUCCAGUCCUCCCCGGGAGACAAAAAAGAGAUCGACAGGGAAACGGGGAAGGCCUCGGAAGGUUGAGCGCAAGGUCGUGACGAUCAGGUAUAGCAUCGAUAAAGAGAAGAAUAUCGGGAAGUUGAUCAACGAUAUCCUAGGUGGCCGAGCGGUUCAAAACCCCCCUGUCACUGUACCCUCUGUUCAGCCGCCCAAGGCGAAGAGCCAACCUCGAAAGCCCACACACCCAUUCUUCAGCAAGAAAUCAACACAGAAACCGGGGCCUACGAGUAUGAAUGGAUCCCAAUCGGACAAUCCAGAUACCAAGGCGAGCGUGCUCCCAAGCCAAACCACAGCUGUGGCCCCAGAAAAGAAGCGGAUAGUGGCAGCUUCAGGCAAGACGUUCACCCACCCCCAGAUGUUAAUGAUCGUGCUUGGCAUACCACUCAGGACCGAAAAAAAAUCCAAGGUCGCAACUAUCUCAGUUAGAGACGAAGAAAAUGUUCUUCUGGCUGGAACAGCUGAAGCAAGGAGGAUCGCCCGCCUGUCCAAGCAGGACCACGAUGCUUUAGCUAUUCUUCGACAUCCCGUGCGACAUGUUGCUAGCAGUCAGGUCUUGCAUACAGCAAUGGAACGACAGAUGUCGUGGUCCUCACCAAACCGCCAAUUUCCAUGGAAUUCUUCUAGUCCACCUCUUGCUAGACUUCGAUCGGCCCUACUCACAUCAGUUUCAGCUUUCGAUUGUGCAACCUACGAACCGCAUCUUUGGACACACAAGUACGCCCCCCAGUCAGCGGAAGACGUCCUGCAGCUUGGCCGUGAGCCACAGAUGCUUCGAGACUGGCUACGGCACCUCAAGAUCACAGCAGUGGACACCGGAAAAUCAUCGAAGGAGAAUUCAAAAUCGAAAUCAAAGCGAGAGAAAAAGGCAAAAAAGCGCCAGAAAGCUGACAAACUCGAUGGCUUCGUUGUGUCAAGCGAAGAGGAGGCUUCUGAGAUGGACAAUCUCUCUGGCUCAGAUGACGAGUUAGCGGGCGGCGUGACCACGACGCCUCAACGGACAGUUGUUAGGUCGGGUGACAUAGCAUCUGAUUUACAUGGAGCAGAAAGAAAGAUCCCAAUAACAAAUGUGAUUCUUCUUAGCGGUCCGGCUGGCUCCGGCAAAACCGCUUCUGUCUAUGCCGUUGCAAAAGAGCUUGAUUUCGAGGUCUUCGAGAUAAACGCUGGAAGCCGACGAAGUGCUCGAGAUAUGCUGGAGCGAGUCGGAGAUAUGACGCAAAAUCAUCUUGUUCAUCUCCUCAACGAACCCGAGAAUGCCACACGCAGCGACAAGGAUGCCGCUAAGCAAAACAAGCUGAAGAGCUUUUUCAAAGGCGCAUCCUCGAAAGCUAGCAAUCCAGUCUCCCAUUCUGGCGAACCUAGCCCCAAACCCGAAACUGCGCCCAAACGCCCCCGGGAGCAAAAACAGUCUUUGAUUCUGCUCGAAGAAGCCGACAUCCUUUUCGAUGAAGACCGGCAGUUCUGGACUGGUGUCUUGACUCUCAUCAGUCAAUCAAAACGACCGAUCAUCAUCACCUGCAACGAUGAGAGUUUAAUCCCUACUCAGGAUAUGUCUCUUCAUGCCAUAUUGCGAUACCACAAGCCUGCUCAUGACUUUAGCAUCGAUUACCUGCUUUUGGUUGCCGCGAACGAGGGGCAUAUGUUAAAGCGAGAAGCCGUCACCAGACUUUAUCAAGGAUCCGGAAUGGAUCUGCGUAAGUCAUUGAUGGAUCUGAACUUCUGGUGCCAGAUGGGUGUCGGUAGCGAGAAAGCAGGCUUGGAUUGGCUGCUUCCUAGUUGGCCACCUGGGUCAAACGUAGAUCAUAAUGGGGAUCGACUUCGAGUUUUGAGCCUCAACACCUAUGAGCGAUAUAUGGGCUGGUUCAAUCGUGAUAUGAUUGUUACCCAAGGCUCGUUGGAUGAAGAGACGGAAAUCAUUCGCAACAGCUUCCGAUCGUGGGGUCUCGGCCUGCAAGAUUCGGAGGACAUGGCUGGGAAGAAUGAAAUUGAACUUCUGUCUCCUGAUCAACUUCAGUCUACUCCCAAGCUAACACAACUUGACAUGCUGUGCCGGGAAGCGGAUUACUAUGACAUGAGGAGUUCUCUCGACAUCCUUUGCUCCAAUAUCUCCUUGGACGCGAGAAACGAUGCACUUGAUAUAUCCGCCCCAACCCCGCCAGAAGGCUUCAAAUCCAACUAUCUUGACAAUUACCCACUCCUGCAUACAGAACUGCGAACAGAGUAUUCAUCACUCAGUGAAACUGUCAGCGCUACCUUUGGUGCGUUGAUAAGCAGAACUUUCCGUCCCGCAACCGCCCAGGACUUAGAAUCUUUGUAUGCCAACCGGGCCUUGAGCAAAGUCAUUGUCUCCGCAAUGCCUCCGCAAACCCCUCCAGCCACACUUCCUCAAUUCCAGCGCAUUUUUGAACCCAUCAUGCGUGCCAACUACUCAAACCCUACACCAACUGCCCGCCACGCCCCUUCAUUCGAGAAUGGACUCGCACCGAUCACGGAAGAUUUGGCCCCGUACAUCCGCAGUAUCAUGGUCUUUGAUGGCCGUCUCCAUCAAUACCGCGAGAGGCUGUUUGCGCUCACAGCGCAGGAACAUGGGCGCGGCGAGAAGCGCUCACGCACGACACGUGCUAGUCGUGCGGCCCUUGAAGGAGGUGACAAAGCCUCAACACGCAAGGAGAGGUGGUUCGCUCUAGACACGCCUUACUACAAAGUGCAAGGCACCGCAGGGCCAGAGUGGCAGCAUGUUUUGUUCCAAAUGGGGUAUUUCCAUGUCCAACCUAUGCUCGAGCCAUCCCCCGAGUGCAGUGACCAUGUCUUAGGUGACCGAGUCAUGGAGACUGCCGAGUGA